CUCCCAUCCCUCUUUCUCUUCUGCCUAACCCCGCCCCAUUUCUUCUCCCCCUCCUUCUUCCUUAUUAUUCUCAAAAUCUCAUCAUGACCCAUCCCUCCUGCCCCAAUCAUUUCAAUGGUUCGUUUGACCUCAAUUAUCCUUAUUAUUCCCUUCUCCCUUCUUCUUCUUCUUCGCCUUGCACCAAUCAGCCUUCCUAUAAUUUUGUUUCUGCUCAACAACAUCACUGCAUUAAUGGCACCUCUCAUAUCUCUCCUCAGUGCUACCAAUCCUUGCCGUCCUCCCCUCCCGUAAGGGAGCCCCUUCCUCUUCUUAACCUUGGCCCUUCCAUUCCUCAAGAUCCAGAAUCUUCCUGCGCCCCCAUGGAAAUUGACGACAAGGACAAAGAUUUGCAUGACGGAGCUAUGACGGUGGCUUUGCACUUGGGGCUUCCAAGCUUAGAUUCAGCUGAUUUAGUUUCAGAUGUAGAACAAGUCACCGUCGCUUCUGCGCGUCCAUCGAGUGGAGUGAUCAGUAGGGGUCAGUACUGGAUCCCUACCCCUGCUCAGAUUCUGAUUGGUCCGACGCAGUUCUCGUGCCCUCUUUGUUUCAAGACAUUCAACAGAUACAACAACAUGCAGAUGCACAUGUGGGGCCAUGGAUCUGAAUAUAGAAAGGGGCCAGAGUCUCUAAGGGGGACGCAGCCAACAGCUAUGCUGAGGCUGCCUUGCUAUUGUUGCGCACCAGGAUGCAAGAACAACAUAGACCAUCCAAAGGCUAAACCACUCAAAGACUUCCGAACCCUCCAAACCCAUUACAAGCGUAAGCACGGAAUGAAGCCUUUCAUGUGUAGAAAAUGCUGCAAAGCCUUUGCCGUGAGAGGUGAUUGGAGGACUCAUGAGAAGAAUUGCGGCAAGCUCUGGUAUUGCUCUUGCGGCUCUGAUUUCAAGCACAAAAGAUCUCUCAAAGAUCAUAUCAAUGCCUUUGGACAUGGCCACACCGAUUAUGGCAUUGAUUCUUUUGAUCGAGAUGAUAUUGAACCUGCCUCUGAAAUCGAACAAGAAAAUGAGCCCUUCCGCUCCUAAUCAGCUACUGCUCUUAUUUUUUUCCAACUGUAUCUCGAGACAGUUCAGGUUUCUAAUAUUGGGAACUAGCCCUUCUUUUAGAGACUAUUGAGAUUUUUCUAAUGUAUGUUUAGGUAUCGUGCGAUUUGAAUACUCUCAUGUAUACAU